AUGAGUUCCGGUAUUCAACGCAAGCGACUAGCUUGCGUCGAGUGUACUCGUCGCAAAAUAAAAUGCGACAAGACCGUACCGUGUCGCAACUGUACCCGAAAGGGCACACGAUGCUCUCGUGCUCAGGCGCGGGAUUUACCGAGCCUGGAACUGGCUCGGCCGGGCGUGUCUGCUGAGCCUUGCCUACUCGCCCAGUCAAGCUCCGAGGCAUCUAAUAUUAUCCAAGGGCUGAGAUCCAAGAUUGAUUGUCUGGAGGCCGAACUCAGAGAGGCUAACGAAGCCGCUGCGCACACACGAACACCAACGCCGUCGUGCCAUUUCAGUAGCACAACAUACUCUCCAACAUAUUCUCCAGUAUAUCAUCCAAUAGCUGGAUCUGUAUCAGACUCUAGCAAGGCAACUUCCAUUCAAACACCAAAUGAAGUUGAAGAUGCAGCAACAAUCCUCGAGUUUCUCGCCUGGGGCCGUCGCAAGGACCCUUCAUACCAAGAUGAAAUUGCAAAAAGAAACGAGUUGCCUCAUUCGCCCGGUGAUCUCCCCGUUGAGGAUGAUUGGAAUGGCCUGCAUAUUUCAGGUAUCUCCAUGAUGAGUUUCUGCGAGCUAUUACUGCCGAUUAAACAGAAAGUCCACAAGCUGGUCACUUAUCACUGCGAGUGUUUGUUGUGGUAUCAUGGAGCAUUCCAUGCGACAACAUUUCUUCAAGAGCUAGAAGAUUUCUAUGCUCGGGCAGGUGGACGUAUUGAUGGAUCUGGUGUUGAUCUACAAUGGAUGUCACUGCUCUUCGCAGUACUCACUGGAUCAAUAGCCAGUGCUCCCAUAGCCACCACUCAAGCUUGGGGAUUCCGUGAUCAGGAGAAGAGAGCUCUAUCCCAUCGAUGGCUCAAGGCUUCUGUUGCUUGUCUCCAUCAAGCAAAUUAUAUGGCGUAUCACUCUCUUUAUAGUGUUCAGGCCAUCGCGACGCUAACCAUAUCUGCUCACAUGCUUGGGAAAUCUAAUAGCUUCUCGGUACUUCUGGCCGCUGCUAUAAGAAUUGCACAAGGCCUUGGGCUGCAUCAGCUCGAUGCGGAUCACGAACCAAAUUCAUGUGACCAAUUGAACAGGGAAAUCGGCCGUCGUAUAUGGUGCCAGCUCUGCAUUCAGGACUGGUUCUCCAUCCCAUUCACUGAAAGUUAUCUCAUUCACCGACAGUGCUUUAAUACCGAGAGACCUGGAAAUUGCGACGACGAUCUGACUCCCAUUCCAGAGAAUCGACCAACUGUUACAGGCUACUCUCGUCUCUUUUAUAACAUCGCAUUUCUGAUGCCUGGCCUCUACGAUGAUUUCACUGCUUCCAAUACUUUGUAUACGCGAUAUGAAGAGGUUCUGAAGUAUGAUCGGCGAUUACGCACUCUAGCUACUCAACAUCUUCCUCUCUACUUACAAAAUGUGCCUUUGGACCCUUCUUGGCCAGUCUAUGUUCCAUGGGCGAGACGAAGCUUGGCCAUCAGUUCUGCUCACAAGGUGAUCAUGAUUCAUCGAAAAUUCUUGAGCCUGAGCUUUGUAAAUCCAAUGUUUGACUUCACUCGAAAGACUUGCGUUGCUGCUUCCCGCACGAUCAUUAAGGAACAAAAGGAGGCCACACUUGAGAAUGGGCCAGUUCUGUGGAUACAUCAGGCAUUCAGCGUAACUGCGAGUAUCAUCCUAUGUCUAGAUAUGUUUCAUCGACCCACGUCUGACAGCCAAUCAUCACAAAAUCGACAAUUUGUGGAAGAUGGAAUUGCAAUUCUUUCUCACUGCGACUCGGACAUGAUUGCUCGUCGUGGUGUACCUUUGAUUAAAGCGAUGCUUCAGGCCGAGGAGAGGCGGUAUCAAUCACCUAACUCGCACGAACCACAAGUUUUGCAAAACGCAGGCUCGGGGUUGGACAUUGCGUCCAUAAUUCAAACAUUCUAUAAACAAGUCCGGGGUAGUCUAUCUGGAGAUUCACCCAAUGAUCCCCCGGCGGAAUCCAGCACCAGGACAUUGGGGUGUGGCAAUUGGCCGGACAUGAUGAGCCAUGAGGUGACUGGGGUACCAAGUGCCGACAUUUUGAUGCCCUUCGGGGCGGACUAUGCAGAGGGACUUGACGACAUUUUGAGCCUUGCAACUAAUUGUCUGAAUUGA